CUUGGCCUAAUAUAACUUUUGAUCAAGUUUUUUUCGUUGUCACUCAGGAGGUGUGAAAAGUUUCUGUCAGCGCAUUCGCAUGAAGUACGCAUGGUGCUUAAAUCGAUGAAAAUCCACGAUUGUUAAAUUUAAGCCUGGCUUUAAUCCAGUUGUAGGAAUCUAUUUGAAUUCGAUUUCCUUGACAAGUCAUUAAUUCAAGGCAUGAGAGAGCGAACAAAAAAAUAGCUUCGAUUUGGAAAAUGGAGAGCCCUAUGAUGUUGCUAACGCCGGAAAGUUCCGCAAAUAUUGGCCGAGAGAUGGAAGGAAAAAGCGAGUCUCCAGAAGCUAGCCCGCCGAUGGAAGUCGGCAGACGAAGGGGCUCCAACUGCCGUCUUCCAAGCCUAGCAACAUUGAUUCGGAAUUGGAAAGAAAAGACGAGGAUAAAAGGAAAAGCUACGUGUGAAAAACAAGGGAUUAAGAUGCUGAAUUUAGAAAAUGGAACAUGUUCGAGAACGCGCAUUUCAAGCUAUGAUGGGAGAAGCGCAAAGGAAGAAAACUGGCAGACCUUGGCUCACUUUGUACAUUUUCGGGGAAGAAUCAAUUUACGGUUUAACAAUCGAGAUCAUCAUGGUGGGCUCCACAAAGCUGUACUGAAUGGAAAGGAAGCUGAUGUAGAGCAACUUCUCUCCUCCGGAAAAGACAUAGAUGCGCAUGACGAGUAUGGGAAGACACCACUGCACUGCGCCGUGGGGGCACAGAAGCUUGAUAUUGUCCAUUGUCUUCUCCGCUACAAACCGGAUGUGGAUGCUCAUGACGACAGAGAUGACACAGCGCUACACACUGCAGCAAGGACGGGAAACUUUGAUAUAGUGCUGGCACUGCUGCGUGAGGGGCACGCCAACCCAAAUGCUGUGGGAAAUUCCGGAUGCACUCCACUUCACAUUGCCGCCCAUUUAGAUCACGUGAACAGCGUCGCCAUCUGUAAAUUACUGUUACAAUAUAGUGCUAAGAUACUGGCACGUGACCAUAAGAAUAUGACGCCUAUUGCGCAUGCUGCCUUACACGGCUGUUAUGACGUCAUGGUCUGCCUCUUUCAUUACUCAAAAGGUCAAGGGAUCUCACGUGAUGAUGUUCUCUUACAUGUCGAUAACACCGAUAGUACAUUGCUUCAUCUGGCGGUGGAAAGUGGAGUCGCUAAGGUUGUCGAACUUUGUCUUGAAGAAGGAGCGGGACCAAAUGCAGUGAAGGAUGUGGAUCAAAUCAAUGCAACAGACUAUGAAGGCCGCACGCCUGUGAUGUUAGCUGCACAGUGUAACUGUUUUGAGACCGCUAAAGUUCUUCUUGAACACGGAGCUAAUGUGGACGUCAGAGACUCCGAGAAUAAAACAGUUUUACACUACGCUAUUGAAAGUUCUGAUAUUGUCAAGGAAAUCCUGAAAGAUGUGAAGGCGAGUGCCCUCAUCCGAGCCAAGGACCGUCUUGGAAACACCCCUCUUCAUUACGCAGCUUGUAAAGGAUGUGUGAAGUCUUGA